AAAAAGACUUAUACACUCACUCACUCUCAUCUUCACUGCAAAUUCUCAUCCACUCGUCAUUGUGGCACGAUACCUAAAAGGGGAGGGGACAUCUAGGUUACCCGUGUCACUCAAAAUCCGCAUGCGUUCGCCAUUGACGAGUCAGAACUGAGCAGUGAGCACCCAAAUUCUCCUACACUGCUUCCGUAGUACCGUACCUUACCUUAGGUUGCCCGUGGUUAGCACCUCCGGUCAUGACCUCAUCCGAACCGUAGAGCCCGUCCAUCGUCCGCGUCCGCGUCCACCUCCCUUGUCUGACUCUCUCACCUCACACCCACCACCCACUCACAUCACAAGUGACAAGACCCGGUCAUGAACGUCUCACGGCCGGUGAGCCGCGCCCUCCGUGCCGCCCCGAGGUUACGCCCGGCAUCACCAUGGCGCCGGCCUCUGCCACCCUCCUCCGCCGCUGUCGGCCGUCAGCUCCGGCCCUACUCCGACGUCUCUGCCGGCGAUCUGCAGUUCGGCCAGCCGGUACAUGAGACUCACCCUCACAUUCUCAAAGCCGGAGAGAUCACACCCGGCAUAACAGCCCAAGAAUACCACGACCGCCGCGCCCGACUCGCCGAGCGCCUCCCAGAUAACGCCGUCGCCGUCCUCGCCGCCGCAGACCUCAAAUACCGCUCGGGCGCCGUCUUCUUCCCCUACCGCCAAGACUCCAACUUCCUCUAUCUCACCGGCUGGAACGAGGGCGACUCGGUCGCCGUCAUCCGCAAGACGGGCAAGGACUACGGCGACUACGAUUUCCACCUCUUCGCCAAACCAAAGGAACCCGUCGCGGAGCAGUGGAUGGGCGCCCGCAACGGCGUCCAGGCCGCGCUCGACAUCUUCAACGCAGACAAGGCCGACGACAUUGCCCGCAUCGACCGCUGCCUCCCCGAGAUCCUAAAGGGCGCCAGCAGGGUCUACACCGACAUCCCGAAGCCGGGUAGCAGUAGCGAACCCGCGGGCAACGGCAGCAGCAAGCUCGCCAACCUCAUGAACUCGGACAAAUCCUGGUUCCCCUCUGUCCGGAUCCCGCUCUACCCCGUCAUCAACCAGCUCCGCGCCAUCAAGUCCCCCGCCGAGAUCGCCAACAUGCGCCGCGCAGGCCAAAUCUCCGGCCGCGUCAUCACGGACGCCAUGCGCCGCGCCUGGACCCGCGAAAAGGACCUCCACGCUUUCCUGGACUACCGCUUCACUGCCGACGGCUGCGACGGCCCCGCCUACGUCCCUGUCGUCGCGGGCGGGCGAAACGGCCUGUGCAUUCACUACGUCGUCAACAACAACACCGUCCCGCAGGACGAGAUGCUCCUCGUCGACGCGGGAGGCGAGUACGGCACCUACAUCACCGAUAUCUCGCGCACCUGGCCCGCCGCCGGGAAAUUUACGCCCGCCCAGCGGGACCUCUAUGAGGCUGUAUUGACGGUCCAGCGGUCCAGCGUCGCGCUCUGUCGCGAGGAUGCCAACCUUUCACUAGACGAGAUCCACGAGCACACCUCGGCGGGGCUGCUCGAGCAGCUUAAGAGUCUAGGGUUCGAAGGGAUCACGUCACGCGACGUCGACGUGCUCUUCCCGCAUCACGUCGGGCACUACGUCGGGCUGGACGUGCACGAUGUUCCCGGGUACGGCCGGCGGACGCCGCUGAAGAAAGGCCACUGCGUAACGAUCGAGCCGGGCAUUUAUGUCCCGGACACGGACCGGUGGCCGGAGCAUUUCCGGGGUAUGGGCGUGCGGAUCGAGGAUAGCAUCUGCGUGGACGAGACGUCACCGUAUAUUUUUACGACGGAGGCCGUCAAGGAGAUUGCUGAUAUUGAGGCUCUGAGAGACUAAGAGAAAGAGAAAGGGAAGGAGAUAGGGGCCGGGCGACGUGGUGUACCAACAUUAGUGAAACCCUGUAAACCUCCGUGUAUCCAUCGCUGUAACAACAUAGUAACGAUACCAAAGUGGCACCAUAAACUGUGCCGUUACACAAAGAGAAGCCAUUCCGCUUUUGCUGGUCGAGUAUCGUCCCACUUCGUCCACCGCUGAGGUCGCAACAGAAAGGAGAUUUGUAAUUAUGCAACUUGGUUUCUCCAUAGGCUAAAAUCUCGUAUCAACGCUCCCAUAUCUACUAAAUUGGACCAGGACCUUUGUUUCCUACCGGAGCUCAGAAGGCCAAAGGGGGCAAG